GAUGCUUAUGAUGGCCUUCAGAACUUCAUCCCAAAGCUUCAGGAUCACAUUUUGUAUAGGCUAAAGAAAUUGGACAUCAGUUAUUGUGAUCACAUAUUCACAGACAAAGAAUGCAACAUGGUCAUCAUUCCUAACAAUACACUCUACUCGGUCCAGACAAUGCAGGUGCAUUAUACUACUUAUGAUAUGAGGUGCAAAUACAAUACUAUUAACCCCAAAACACAUGCUGAUGUGAUGGUGCUUUCAGGUGAAAGCUAG